AUGAUACAAUUCGUCUUAUUAUCUGCAGUUAUCGCAGUCAUUUCGGCUAAAGGCAUCACCGUUUUGUCGACAAGGAGCAUUCCCACAAUUGCUACAACGACAACAACCACUACGUUUAGUUCAACCACCUUCAAUAAUGAAUCGGUAACAAGUGAACUGACAACUACUGAGAAAGCCCCCAAUUUGGUUGCUUUUCCUAUUUUUGACCCGAGCCUCACGGAAAAUGAAGCAUUGACCACAAAGAAACCAACCACCCCUCGACGACACAAGAAUUACCGAAAAAAUUCAGCUCCGUUUGGACAAUUUCUGCAGAAUGAUGAACGACAGGAGUUGGGUCGGUUAAUUAAAGAGGCUCGAGUGGCUGGACUGCCAAGAAAAGAUGUGCAACAACAAAUCUACUCCUACAUGCAAAAGCAUUUGAGUCCAUCACUUAUGCUCGGUCUCAACCAACUCAUCGAGGAGGGCCGAAAAACGAAUCGCGGUCUUUUACCCCCGUUAACUUCA